ACGUGAAACGAGCCGCAACUUCAUUAUAUAUGACAUAUUAAAGCAAUAUGCAACGAUUAUUGAGUUUAAACUUGAACAUUUUCUUUGUGAAGUUGAGCAAGAGGACAUCUGUUGAUUUUGUCAAAGCGAAGUUAACUUGAAACUGAAAUUCCUUCUGUAGCCUGCCUACUUACCUACAUUGAUUCUCAAGAUUGUUCAUCAUGUGGAAACUGUUGGCCUGCGUUCUCAUGGCCUCUGAGUUACAGGCGCGUGCUCUACGGAAAAGACAGACAAUGUGUCCGGAUGUGUGCGACCUGUCCCGCUGCUCACCUGCACCCGAGUUUUGUUACUUCGGCGUGGUGAAGGACAGCUGUGGCUGCUGUACGAUGUGUGCUGCGGGCGAGGGGGAGUAUUGUGGGGAGCGCGGUCAUGGAUUUUGCGGUCAGGGGAUGACCUGUGAAUAUCGCACCUCUGAACGCGGCAUGUGCGUUUGCGACUCCCAUGAGCCAGUGUGCGGCAGCGAUGGGAGAACUUAUCCCAGCAUCUGUCGGCUGAAAGCUGAGAACAGGCGGGCGAAGAUGAGCGGCAUACCUGCUGUCAUUUUCAUCCAGAGAGGCCCCUGUGAGACCGGCUCUCGAAAUCCAAGCAGCAUGCGCUACAAAUUUAACUUCAUAGCAGAUGUGGUGGAUAAGAUUGCCCCUGCAGUGGUCCAUCUAGAACUGUUUAGUCGACAACCAUUGUCCCACCAAGAGGUUCCUGUAUCCAGUGGCUCAGGGUUUAUAGUGUCAGAGGAUGGGUGGAUCGUCACCAAUGCACAUGUACUGUCCAAUAACCAGCGGAUCAAAGUGGAGAUGAAAAAUGGCAUGCUGUUUGAUGCCACAAUCAAAGAUGUGGAUCAAAAAUUAGACAUUGCUCUAAUUAAGAUCGACUCAGAGACUCCCCUGCCUGUGCUUUUACUUGGACAUUCAUCAGACUUGAGGCCAGGAGAGUUUGUAGUGGCCGUGGGAAGCCCGUUUUCCCUUCAAAACACAGUGACCACCGGUAUCAUCAGCACUACCCACCGAGGAGGUCAUGAACUUGGCCUGCAGAACUCUGAUAUGGAGUAUAUUCAAACAGAUGCCAUUAUAAAUUAUGGCAACUCAGGAGGCCCCCUUGUAAACUUGGAUGGGGAUGUAAUUGGCAUAAACACUUUGAAGGUUACGCCUGGGAUAUCAUUUGCUAUUCCCUCACACCGCAUACGGCAGUUCCUUGCAGACUCCUAUGACAGACAAAUAAAAGGAAGAAUGCUGACUAAAAAGAAAUAUAUGGGAGUGCGAAUGCUUCAACUUUCAGCUGCUUUGAUUAGGGAGCUUAAGGAGAAGGACAGCAAGUUCCCAGAUGUGAGCUCAGGAGUGUAUGUGUAUGAGGUUAUUCCAGGGACAGCUGCCUUCAGUGCUGGCUUGGUCAACCAAGAUGUGAUCAUCAGCAUUAACGGACAACCAGUGCAUUCUUCAGAGGAUGUGAGCCAGGCCGUGCAAUCGGACGCAAUCCUCUCUUUGGUGGUGCGACGUGCUAAUGAAGAAAUCACAGUAACAGUGGUUCCUGGCGAAGUGGACUGAGAAAGAUUUCUGUUGCUAGUUUUCAUCUAAACAAUGCGCUAUCCACAAACAUGCUUUAUUUGAAAAGGCCAUUAUAAUGAUAACAUGGAGUAGCCAAUCAUGAUGAAGUGAUGCAUUUUUUUUACAAAUACACAAGUAUGUUAUCUGUAGA